CAGACUCGAUUGAGCUAUGUACACCCAGUCUUCUCUUCCUCUCGCUUACACCGGCGUGCCGUCAUCGUCGUCGGCGUCCUUUACGACGGAACCGGAACCAGGCAGCCUAGAAGGCGCGCUCCUUCAAUUGGUCCAGGAGCACCACCAGAACUCCCUCAAGCUCCGCGAACGCACAGACAGAGCGAAGAAGGACGCGAUCAAGAAGGCGGCGCGUGCGGCGGAGCUGAUGGUGGAGGCGGUGAACGGAGGGGUGCAAGAGUCGUUUGUUAACGAGAAGCGGAUUGAGCAUGAGAUUCGGGCUUUAGCGGCCACCAUUACCCGAUUCACGAAGCAAACGGAUCAGUGGCUCUCCGUCACUAAUUCCAUCAACACUGCUAUUAAGGAAAUUGGGGACUUUGAGAAUUGGAUGAAGAUCAUGGAGUUUGAUUGUAAAAGCAUCACUGCAGCUAUACACAACAUUCACCAAGCUUGAGGCUUUGAGCUAAGUUUUGUUUCAGCUAUGUAAAUUCUUAUCACUUACUAUGUAUCUUGUAAUCCUUGAACUAGAUGCAUUUUCGAUCUAUUUGUGAUUAUAAUGAAAAUUAAAAUUUGU